AUGGGCCCAGGUCCCUCCGAUCCGUUGGCCGACCACACGUGCUCGCGCCUUGAGUCACUGCCCGUGGAAAUCCUGCAGUUGAUCUUUCUUCACAGUCUUGAAGUGAACCUCCCUCGUGCUUCACCACGUCUCAGCCAAGCACUGUCCACUCCAUUGCUCUAUACCUGGCUCAUUCGGCUUGCAUUCAGCAGUCCCAAUUCAGGCUCGCGAGAGGGCUUCUUUACCCCGGAUUUCCUACCCCCGCCUUUGGACUUCUGGGCACUGUCCUGGAAAGACCGCCAGCAAUUACAGACUAACCUGCUGGCAUGUCGGUGGUGCACUUUUCCCCUGUUGCGGAAAUGCCAGCGUGAGUACGUUGCCCAUACAAUCCGACGCAAAUGUGUCGGCCUGGUCUUCAAUCCGGACGACAAAGCAGUGCUGUCAAAUCUAGACCCACGCUUUGAAAACCUAGAAGCUUGCGACUGGGCUGUACUCGGCCGGCGUGGGAAAGGGGAUCUAAUCAUCCCCGCACAAUUGGAGGAAACCUCGCGCCACGCUGUUGACCGCAAAGUGGCAAUAUGGUUCCAUUUUGGCGCUGUACAAAUCCGUAAACCAAGCGAGAUAUACCAUGAGAACGACCUCUUCCGGCUGCCGUGCUCAGUGGCCAUUGGACCUGGCCGCAUUCCGGAUAAGGUCUUGCGCUCGCCCUGGUCAGAUGCGCAGUUUGAGUUCUUGCAGCUGCUCUCCUUGGACUUCUACCUGGAUGAGGAUGAGGCCAGGCCAGAUCGCUCCUCUGAGAUUACAUAUCAUCUCAUUCGAACGCGCAAGAUCGAACCUUUCCGUCGCUUGUUGAAUAUACCGUUUCGAGCUGAAAAUUGUCGUGUCCUUGCUCGCUGGCCACUACAGAAUUCGCAUUAUUCCCUCGUCCGGCGCUAUGGGAGUGGACCUGGGGAUCCGUUUGCAAAUGUUAUUUUGAAUGAGCGUUGGGAUGACAUGCCCGCAGAAGCAAAGCAGGAUUUGUUGCGAUAUGUUGAGUCGUCCUCGCUGAAAGAUGGAAAUUGA